AUGGAAUCCAAAAACGAUAUUCCUACAAAAGAAGACUUAGAAUUUAUAGUUGAUGAUGGUUAUAAUCAUGAUGAAGACCCGACAUAUGAGCCUAAAGAUUCUUCCUCAUCAGAUGAUGAUAAAUAUGUUGUUUCAGGUAAAGAGUUUAAAAAACUAACCAAAAAGGCUAAAAAAACUCGGUGCCGAUUCGCUUGAUUAUUCAACACGUAAAAAUAACAAAUAUGUAGCUAGACUUUCAAAUGGAAAGAAAAUUCAUUUUGGGUCAUCACAGUAUCCAGACUAUCUUAUUCAUAAAGACAAAGAUCGAAAAGAGAGGUAUCUCGCUCGAGCUAAAAAGAUUAAAAAUAAACAGGGAGAGUUAACUUAUACUAAUCCUGAAUCGAGUAAUUUCUGGAGUGUCAAUCUACUCUGGCCAGAAAAAUAAUUUAAAGAUAUCUAAGUAUUAAUAUAAAAAUGGAAGAUUCAAUAGUUUCGAAGAAUUAUGUGGACAAUUUUCAAGAAAAAUUAGAAUCAGGUUUUUAUCUUGGCAAAAUUAAUAUUGAUGGUAAAUUUGAAAUUUGGGAACAAGAAGAAAAAUGUUUAGUAUUACUUUGUUGUAAUGGUAAAUCAGAUGAUGGUAGUGAUGGUCUUGCUGUUCGUUUACCACUUCCUCUUAGAUUUGAUGAAGAAUGGUUUAAGAAAUAUAAAGAAAUAAAUUUAACUAGAGGGAGUAUUAUAGCUUAUAAUAUGGAAGGAUUUAUUAAAAAGUGAUUUAAAGAAAUAAGAAUAUAUAAUAAAAAUGCAGUUGUCGAGUUACGAUCAUCUAACACCAGAGAAUAUUGUUUUUAAUGAAGCUAAAGAGUACAAAGUGAAGAUAGCAAGAUCAAAUACAAACGUAUUCCAAUUGAGGUCAAAUAUCCAAAUGGAAAGAAAGGAGCUUUGGUAAUUGAAACUCCAUUUCUUUUUUCUUUUGGUGUGAGUGAGAAGAAGAACCAAGAAACAAACAAGUUAGUAGGUUAUAGUAUUCCAGUAUGUCUUUGGGCUAAAGAUAGUGAGCCGAGUACUAGAGAAAAAGCAUUUUUUGGCGCUAUUAACAAUGUGACAGAUAUCUCUCAGCAACAUUUAGAGAAUGAAUACGGUGCAGAUCUAGCAUCAACUCUAUCUUCACCAUUUUAU